GGGCAUUUAGGUGAACCGUGUGUUUGUGUGUGUGUGUGUGUGUGUGUGUGUGUGUACAUACGUUACCUCACUACCACCACCACCACCACCAUAUUGUACCCUCGCACUUAGCAACAUCUCCUACAUAAUAAGGAAGUGCUAUAAGUUAUACCAAUGUUGUGAGGUUGUGAAUGUUACGUUUGUUUUGAUCGGUAAGGCAGGCUGGGUGGCAGGACAGUGUUGCCACAUCUGUGUGCUAUGUGUAUGUCAGGAUGCAGGUUGCUGUGGUGAUGGUGGUGGUGAACUGGGAUGAUUCUCAGCUUGUGUGAUUAUAUUGCUUUAUGGCACGCAUAAAAUGUAAUGUAUGUACGUAUGUAUGCUUGUAUGUAUGUGCUGUUGGUGUGUGUGUGUGUGUGUGUGUGUGUGUCAUAUUACACAUCCAGUUAUUUUUAAGCUUCUUAUGCUUCUUCUUUCUCCUUUCUAAUAAUAAUAACAACAACGAAUAUCAACGUAUAAAUAUCUAAUGUUUUAAUAUGUCUGCAACAUUACCACGUGUUAUCUGAAAUUAGGAACACAGUGUAUAUACCUUUUAAGAAUAAUGAGGCUCCAUUAAUCAGGUGGACGUAAUGAUUGACAGGUGAUCUGUCAAAUAAUAAACACAAGUGCAUUUCUUUCUUUCUUUUUUUUCAUCUCUUUUUAGUUAUUAUAUCUGCAUCAUUGUCACUCGCUACUCUUCACUCUACGUCUCUGUUAUGAUUCUCUGCCUUUCCUGUAACCGCCGGGAAUACCAUGCAGGUGUUGUGCCUCCCACGAUACAUGCUUUGGGGGGGAUGAUUAAAGUGUUAUUCAACCAUAAGAACCAUUUCACCAAGACCGGCCGGUUCGAAAUACUUCUCGCGGUGACCUGCCUCGCAACUCACUCACGCUACAUUUCAGUUUAUACCAGUUACGAUUCCAAGUGUGGCGUGCAGAUAUUUCACGAUGCCGUGUAAGUGGCUCAAUAAUGAAGAAAAUAAGAGCUUAACCUUUGCACCACAUUGGAUUAAAAUGCACCGUAAGAAAAGCGAAAUUCCCGCCAGUUGAGCUUGUUGAGAGUCUGCGCGGACCAGUGACUCCACCCACCAAUCACAACUCAGAACAGCAGUGACGUAGUGAUAACAGCCAAUGGUGCCGCGCCUCCAUGUGACGUCACGCCUACGUUAGCCAAUGGAAGAGGCGGCGGAGGCUAUAUAGUAGAAACCUCCACCAGAUUCCGUCCUUUCCGUCGUAACCACUCGACGCUGGCCUGUUGCCGAGAGCCUAGACCGCAGUAAACCUCAACCAACAUGGGCAAGGAAAAGACUCACAUUUCCAUCGUGGUGGUGGGCCACGUAGACUCUGGCAAGUCCACCACCACCGGUCAUCUCAUCUACAAGUGUGGUGGCAUCGACAAGCGUACCAUUGAGAAGUUCGAGAAGGAAUCCUCCGAGAUGGGCAAGGGGUCCUUCAAGUACGCCUGGGUGCUGGACAAGCUGAAGGCCGAGCGUGAGCGUGGCAUCACCAUUGACAUCGCCCUGUGGAAGUUUGAGACCAACAGGUUCUACGUGACCAUCAUCGACGCUCCCGGGCAUCGUGACUUCAUCAAGAACAUGAUCACGGGCACCUCCCAGGCCGACUGCGCCGUGCUGAUUGUGGCGGCAGGCACGGGUGAGUUCGAGGCGGGCAUCUCCAAGAACGGGCAGACCCGCGAGCACGUGCUGCUGUGCUUCACCCUGGGCGUGAAGCAGCUCAUCGUGGCCGUCAACAAGAUGGACAGCACCGAGCCCAAGUACUCCGAGGCCAGGUUCAACGAGAUCAAGAAGGAACUGACUGCCUACGUCAAGAAGGUGGGCUACAACCCCACCAUCGUGCCCAUCCUGCCCAUCUCCGGCUUCAACGGCGACAACAUGCUGGAGAAGUCCGACAACAUGUCCUGGUGGAGCAAGCAGAAGAUCGAGCGCAAGAGUGGCAGCUAUGAGUACAUCACCCUCUUUGAUGCCCUGGACAACAUCGAGCCCCCCAGCAGACCCGUUGACAAGCCCCUGCGUCUGCCACUCCAGGAUGUCUACAAGAUUGGCGGCAUUGGCACAGUGCCCGUGGGCCGUGUGGAGACUGGCAUCCUCAAGCCUGGCAUGGUCGUGAACUUUGCCCCCACUGGCCCCACCACUGAGGUCAAAUCUGUGGAGAUGCACCACGAGGCCCUGACUGAGGCCGUGCCCGGCGACAACGUUGGCUUCAACGUGAAGAACGUGUCUGUCAAGGAGCUGAAGAGAGGUUUCGUGGCCUCUGACUCUAAGAACGACCCUGCCAAGGAGGCUGGCGACUUCACUGCUCAGGUGAUCGUGCUGAACCACCCUGGUCAGAUCCAGGCUGGCUACUCCCCCGUGCUGGACUGCCACACUGCACAUAUCGCCUGCAAGUUCGCUGAGCUGAUCCAGAAGAUCGACAGGCGUACUGGUAAGGAGAUUGAAGCCAACCCCAAGCAGAUCAAGUCUGGUGACUCUUGCAUCGUGAAGAUGGUGCCCAGCAAGCCCAUGUGCGUGGAGACCUUCCAGAAGUACGCCCCUCUGGGUCGCUUCGCCGUGCGUGACAUGAAGCAGACGGUGGCCGUCGGUGUCAUCAAGGAGGUGAACAAGAAGGAAGCCUCUGGCAAGACCACAAAGGCUGCCGAGAAGGCCCUCAAGAAGAAGUAGUAACCAGCAUCUUAGAGACAUUGAUAGGUUUACUGUGUUAUCUAGUCUUUAAGAUGUAUGGUUUUUAUAAGAAUAAAAAUGAAUGAAAGAACGGUAUUCUUCUCAACUGGCUUCUUGGAGGGAAAUAAACUUAAUUUGUA